CCACACUUUUGAAGAAUCUUCUUGAUUGGAGUCUUGAACAAUAUUCUCAGUUACAACCUCAAAAGUGAAAGAAAAUACAAGGAUUUAACCAUUAAUGGCAUCCAGAAGAUAUCAGAUUGGAAGAAUGGAUGAAGCAAACCAUCCAGACUCCAUAAGAGCAACCGUAGCUGAAUUCUUCUCCACUUGCAUCUUUGUCUUUGUUGGAGAAGGCUCCGCCCUUGCUCUAAGAAAGAUAUACAAAGAUGAAGGGGCAUCAGCAGGUGAGUUGGUGGUACUUGCACUAGCUCAUGCUUUUUCACUAUUUGCCGCUAUUUCUGCUAGCAUGCAUGUAUCAGGUGGCCAUGUGAAUCCUGCUGUCACUUUUGGUGCUCUUGUUGGUGGUAGAAUCUCAGUUCUUAAAGCUGUUUAUUACUGGAUUGCUCAGCUUCUCGGUUCUGUUGUAGCUUCUCUCUUAUUGAGGCUUGUCACUAACAACAUGAGACCACAGGCCUUCAAUCUGGCGAUAAAUGUUGGUGCCGGGCACGGGCUACUACUCGAGAUUGCGAUGACAUUCGGUUUAAUGUAUGUUGUAUAUGCCACAGCCAUUGAUCCCAAAAGAGGCACCAUUGGCUCAAUUGCACCCUUAGCAAUUGGACUUGUUGUUGGAGCAAAUGUUCUAGCUGGUGGUCCAUUUGAUGGAGCAUGCAUGAACCCUGCUCGGGCUUUUGGGCCUGCUUUGGUGGGCUGGAGAUGGGAUUACCAUUGGAUCUUCUGGGUGGGUCCAUUGAUUGGAGCAGCAAUAGCAGCGGCUAUAUAUGAGUAUAUUAUGGUUCCAACUGUGCCUUCUCAGACUCAUCCUCAACAUCAACCUUUGGUUGCUGAAGAUUACUAGUUACUUUAGUUAUAUAAUGUGUUUUGUGAAAUGUAUGUAUGUGAAAGUCUACUGUUUUCUUUUCGAUUUCUUUUGUUGCUUCCUAGCUUAUGAAAUGUCCAUGGUACUAUUGAAUAAAAUUGAAUAAAGUGUGAGCCUUUUAUCA